AUGCCCCCUACAUUUGCUGGAAAGGUUGAUACGGACGCUUACAUAACAUGGGAAAAGCGUAUGGAGUAUAUCUUUGAAUACUACAGGUACUCCGAGGCUAGGAAGAUCGCCCUAGUAGCUGCUCAACUGACCGACAAUGCCUUAGCCUGGUGGGAUCGAGACGUUGCCAAGGCCGGUCCAGUAUGGAGAGCCCACACCUGGGCUGAGAUGAGAACUAAGCUCCGUGGCAGGUACAUUCCCUCAUACUAUAAGCGGGACUUACUAAAACGUUUCCGUAAGUUGUCUCAGGGUACUAAAUCUGUGGAGGAGUAUUUCGAGGAGUUUGAGUCUCUUCGACAAAAGCUGGAAGUUGAGGAGCCGGAACCGUCCCUGAUGUCCCAGUUCCUAGACGGUUUACAUGACCGGAUUGCCCGCAAGGUGGAGAGGCAGCCGUAUGAAGACAUCCAGGACUUGCUACACUAUGCUAUCAUGGCGGAGCAACAUAUCAAGCGGAAGACCGCGUCCACCAGCCGAAGUAAGCCCACAUGGACGACACUAGCCGCCAAGACCGUAGAUAAGGGCAAGGCGAUUGAGAUAGAAAGCCGGUACAAGAAGAAUCAGUCCGAACAGUCCGGAACAAACCAGACAGACCAAGGUAAAACACAGGCCCAAAACUUAAGAACUCGUGAUAUUGUUUGUUAUAAGUGUCAGGGCAAAGGACAUUAUGCUAGAGACUGUCCAAACAAGCGAGUGAUGGUCCUUAAGGCCGAUGGAGAGUAUGAGUCCCAAGAUGAGGCCGAGGUAGGAGCUGUUGUGUCCGAUGAAGAGGUGACUGACUAUCCAGAGACUGGCGAGUUACUUGUGACCAGGAGAGCCCUUAGUGCCCUCUUUGAUCCCGAGACUAUCCAGAGAGAGAACAUCUUUCACACAAGAUGCAGUGUGGAACAAAAGGUAUGCAGCCUUAUAAUAGAUGGUGGUUCUUGUACUAACGUGGCCAGCAAGUAUCUUGUUGAUAAGCUAGGUCUAAUCAAGACUCCACACCCGCUGCCAUACCGCCUUAAAUGGCUCAAUGAUGAAACCGAGCUUAAGAUAGCUGAGCAAGUGGCGGUAUCCUUCAGCAUUGGCAAGUACCAUGAUGAGGUCAAGUGUGACGUUGUUCCAAUGCAAUCCGGCCACUUACUCCUAGGCAGGCCAUGGCAGUUUGACAAAGAGACCAUUCACCAUGGUCGGACCAAUGUGUACAGCUUCAGCCACAACAACAAGAAGCACAAUCUCACGCCCAUUAGUCCGCAAGAGGUACAUGAAAUGCAAAAGGCUAUGGAUCAGGCCAGUAAGGUCUGGAAGUCCAAGAGCUCCCACCUGAGGUGCAGAACCUCAUGGAUAGGUACAAGGAGGUGUUUACCUCCCAUCCGAGGGAUCGAGCAUCAGAUCGAUCUCGUGCCCGGUGCUCCGCUACCAAACCGAGCCGCUUACCGAGUCAGCCCUGAGGAGGCCAAGGAGUUGGAAAAGCAAGUUCGAGACCUCAUGGGAAAAGGAUAUAUCCGGGAGAGCCUAAGCCCGUGUGCCGUUCCAGUCCUGCUAGUCCCCAAGAAAGAUGGAACUUGGCGGAUGAGUGGAUACCAUCAAGUUCGCAUGAAGGAAGGGGACGAGUGGAAGACUGCUUUCAAGACCAAGCAAGGUCUGUACGAAUGGCUUGUGAUGCCGUUCGGCCUCACUAAUGCGCCAAGUACCUUCAUGAGACUCAUGAACCAGGUCCUAAGGCCAUACAUCAGUAAGUUUGUAGUGGUCUACUUUGAUGUCAUCUUGAUCUACAGUCAGUGUCUAACCGAUCAUGUUGGACAUCUAGAACAUGUACUAAAGGUUGAUGAAGAGAAGAUCAAGGCGUUCGAGGAGUGGCCUACCCCGUCCACCAUUGGCCAUGUCCGAAGCUUCCACGGCUUGGCUAGCUUCUAUAUGCGUUUUGUGAAAGACUUCAGUACCAUUGCUGCUCCCAUGACCUUGGUGAUUAAGAAGAACGUAUCUUUCACUUGGGGACCAGCCCAAGAAGGGUCUUUCAAUAAACUCAAAUAUAGUUUGACACAUGCACCCGUCCUUACUCUUCCUAACUUUGAUAAACCUUUUGAGAUUGAGUGUGAUGCAUCAGGAACAGGGAUAGGAGCUGUGUUGACCCAAGGAGGCCGGCCUGUGGCCUUCUUCAGUGGGAAAUUGAGUGGAGCUGCCCUCAAUUAUCCCACCUAUGAUAAAGAGCCUUAUGCUCUAGUAAGAUCAUGA